AUGCUUGCAGCACCUUUGUCGGUGCUAAUCAGACGAAGAGCAUCUUCCAGUGAUUCGGCUAAGAAAAUUGUAGUGCUCGCAAACGGUGCUGUAGCAGCCUGGCAUCCAGAGACGAAAUUCCCCUACGAGUUCUCGAGACCCCUGCCUGACAAGGAGAGUGUGGAGAAGACACUUCUAUCAUCUGCAGCGAAACAGCACAAUCGGUGGAAGGACGGUCCCAAUAUCCCGCAGCUAAAGGACAUAUUUUAUACAACGAAACACGAGUGGUAUACCAGGACGCGAGAAGAGCGCCUACGAAGCGUAGCAGCUCCGGUUCCACGCCGGAAAUAA